AUGAUCUACAAUAAGCCGAUACAACACAUAGGAAAAAUAAGAUUCCCGACCUACGACGGAAACUCAGACCCCCGUCAGUACAUGAUCGCUUUCACCAUAGCCAUGGGACGAACCAACUUCACCCCAGACAAGAAAGACGCCGGAUACUGUCAGCUCUUCGUAGAAAAUCUCAGCGGACAGGCCCUCAGCUGGUUCUCAAGGCUCGAAUCCGGUUCGAUCGACAGCUACCAACAACUGUCCACGUCUUUCCUUAAACACUACUCGAUAUAUAUCGAGGACGGAGCGACAGAAGCAGAUCUUUACACUCUGUCCCAGGAACGAACCGAAUCCCUCAGAAGCUUCAUCGGAAGAUUCAAAAAGAUCGUGUCUCGCGUCAAAGUACCGGACAAGAUAGCCACGACGGCCUUGAUCAACGCCCUGUGGUACGAAUCGAAGCUGGACGAAGACCUCAAGAUAAACAAAACACAAACACUCCAAGAUGCGCUUCACAGGUCAAACUUGUUUAUCGAACUAGAAGAAGACAAGGAGGCAAUGGCUAAGAAAUACGCGGCAACAAGGACGGUCGCAACCAAAGAUGAACCGAAAGAAGAAUGCCACGAGUCACGAAGUCGAUCGGAGACGGAACGAAAGAAAGAAGAAGGUGAUCGAAAGGCCCUGAGCUUCCAUGUCAGUGACGUGCAGAGACCACCAAGACAAGCCUGGAACAAAUGGUCCCGAGAGGACGAUUCAACAAUGUACUGCGAAUUUCACAAGAGGAAUGAGCAUUCAACGAUGGAAUGCAGGCACUUGCAAGAAUACCUACUUGGGAAGUAUCAAAGAGGCGAAAUCAAACCCCCAGACGGUGAAAGAACCAGGACCGACGAUAACCGAAGGGAUGACCGCCGUAGAACGCCGCCAAGAAGAGAGCCGAUCCGCAUGGAGCGUGAGGUCAAAAACAAAAACUGCAUAGAGAUGAUAUCUCCAAAAAGAGAGCGCCCAGAAGAACGGCCAGAAGACAACCUCUCACCUCCACCAUGA